AUGCACCGCAUCGAACUCAUCCCUAGCUCAGCCCCAAGCUUCUUCUCGAGGUACAGGCAACCCGCACACCUUGAAGAGGAAAUUGAGCGGCAGGCGGACGAACUUCUGAAGAAGGGCAAGGUUCAGCCGUCAAGUAGCGCCUUGGGGCACAAUCCCAUGCUGGCGAAGAAAAAGGACGGCAGGUGGCGCAUGUACGUCGACUUUCAACCCCUCAAGAAGAUUACAGUGAAGCAAAAGUUUCCGAUGCCCAGACUGGACGAAAUCCUUGAUCGCUUACAGGGUUCGUGGGUAUACUCAGCAUUUGACUUCGCCGACUCCUUUUUGCAGAUCCCCAUUCAUCCGGAGAACAGGCACAAGACGGCGUUCCACACCCGCACUCGCGAAAUGUGCAGGAGCACCUGCAGCACCUCCAGCGGGUGCUGCAACUACUACGUCAAGAUCGAGGCGAUUCAGCGAUGUCCGCUACCGCUGUACACGCUGACGGACGUUCAGAAGUUCCUCGGGCUCGCCUCAUACUAUCACAAUUUCAUUCUUAGAUUCGCUCUCAUUGUUGCCCCUCUAACUGAUCUUCUUAAGAAGGAAAAGCAGUUUAUUUGGACGAAGAACGAGGACGAAGCUGCCCGACGCCUCAUCGGGCACCUGACAUCAUCCCCAGUACCCGCGCUCCCUGAUUUUGACGAGCCGUUUUUACUUACGACGGAUGCCAAUGACACCCAGUCGGGGUUAUGCUCUCUCAGCAAGCUGUUAAAUCGAAAAAGCAUCAAAUAA